UUAUCGGUUUCUGUUCUAAAAAUGGCAGCAACAAGGAGAUUACAAAAGGAACUCCAGGAUAUAAGAAAGUCAUCCACAAAAUCAUUCCGAAACAUACAAGUAGAUGAAAACAACAUCUUAGUGUGGCAGGGACUAAUAUUACCUGAUAAUCCUCCAUACAAUAAAGGAGCUUUCCGUAUAGAGAUAAACUUUCCUGCAGAAUACCCAUUUAAGCCUCCAAAGAUUACAUUUCGUACAAAGAUCUACCACCCAAAUAUUGAUGAAAAAGGCCAGGUGUGUCUACCCAUCAUUAGUGCUGAACACUGGAAACCAGCCACAAAGACAGAUCAAGUAAUUCAAGCACUAGUAGCUCUAGUCAAUGAUCCAGAACCUGAACAUCCUUUAAGAGCAGAUUUAGCUGAAGAAUAUACCAAGGACAAGAAGAAGUUCUUGAAGAAUGCUGAGGAAUUUACAAAAAAGUUUUCUGAGAAAAGGCCAGCCGAUUAAGCAAAAACUUCUAUUCAGGCAUCAUAUAAAGAACACAUAAACCCAUUAUAUUGAAUCAACAAAAUUGUGCUCAACAUUACAUGGUAAUGGAUUCCAAAAUGACUGCCAAUCAAUCAGCACCUGAGAAAGAAGUUUACUUGCCAUUUAGAGGAAACUCAUACCACCUAUGUAUUUUUUACUGGUUUGGAUCCUGAAUCAGCUGUUGUGAUAAUAUCAAGUGGAAAUUUCUGAUGAUGUUUACCUUCUUAUGGUUGAUACAUUUUCAAUUUAGUUUUUUUUUUUUGUUAAUAUAAGUUGUAUUAAAGAGCACAUUUAUACAUUAGGUAAGUCAGUUACUUAUAUGCUGAUAGCUGGUUCGUUGUGGAAUCCAGUGGAUAUUAAUAAUUAAAGGUUUUAACUUAAUAAUGUUAAACUUUUGUUUAUUUUCUCCACUCUUAAAGUAACUUGGAAAUCUUUACCUUUUUUUUUUUUGAGUAAGAAAGUGCAUGUCUGCAAAAUGUGUGUAACUUAGUAAUACCAAACGUUUAGUCACCUAAUUAUUUAGGCAGACAUUAGGAGAGAUAAGGUGUAAUUAGACUGCAGUAGUGUUUUUUGCACUUGUAAAUAGGUAAAAAGAAGCUUGGGAUAGUAUUGCUACAGGAUCUUUCAUGACAUAUGUAAUCUCAGUUUUGUAGUAAUUCUUACUCUAGUUUAGAGCAAUAUAUUAAUUUAAGAUUUUUUUUUUUACAGCUUUCAUCAAAUUGAUGAUGUCUUUACUAUGUAAAUGUAGGUCCAGUUUUGUUAUGGCUAUUCUAACAUAAUUUUAACUGAGUAACUUUUCUGUUUAUAAUAAAAGUUCAGUUGACAAAGGUUGAGCUAAGGUUUAAAACUGUUUAUUAUGAAGCCAUUGGUAACCAAAAAUUGUGUACAUGCUAAAGGAUCAUGCAGACAGUGUGAUUAAACAUUUUAAGAGAAGGGUAUAAAAAAAAAUGUUCACAUACCUUAUUUGUUAAACUUUUUUCAGUUUAGGGAUUGGAAACUUACUAAAGCCUCCAAUGACCCUCGUUUAUGUAUGUUUCAUUAGCCUUGAUAUUUGACUAGGCCCCUUCUGUGUGAUUGUCAUCUGGUUAUCCACAUGCAGGACAAGACCACUUUACAGUUUUGGGCAAAAAAACACUCGCAGAGCAGAGAACACUGUUAACUAACACAAUCACAGCAAUUGCUGAACAUUCUGAAUAGAUACCAGCAUAGCCCAUGGCAAGCAGUUGGCAAAGUUUGGUUACUUAUGACCCUAAAGCUUAAACUUCAUUUUCUGAAAAUCACAGUGUAAUGCUCCUGCUCUUAUGAGUAUGUUGUUGGCAUUGUUAUAAAUUCUGUACAACACUACAUAUGAAGCUUCAUUCAGUAUUCAUUGAGAGAUAUCAUCUCUGGGGGACUUGCUAGCAUUCAAAACUUUAAGAGAAUACAAAUUAUCUGUGGGGAAGCAGUUCAUGCAAGUUAUCAAUUAAAUCAGAUCUAGAUAUGGUGUGCCAAUUUUUCACACAGGCAGAAUGUUUUGCAUAAUAUGUGCUUUGCAUUAACAUGGCCUCUCAAUUAAUGUCUUGUUUGUUAUUUAACACAAAUAAAUUCAGUUAAGAAAACUGAUAUUCUGUACUGUUAAAUACUAAAAAGUUAAUUAUAUAUGUGUUGAAAAUGUGAUUUUACUAUUAACAUGAUAUAGGCACAGCUAAACAUGAGAAACUGAUAUUGCAGUAAAUUUACCUGAAUUAUGGUACUUAAUUUUAUUUCAAUGGUCAUAAUUAGUGAUUUGUGUACAUUUAUAUGUGCAUCUGAUAGUAAAUAGAAAUGGUUAUUAUCAGUGACUUCUGAUCAAAACGAGCUACCUAACCGAUCAGAACUAAAAAUUAACCCAGUGCUUAAUGUAGCUAAUUUAAUAUACUUGCUUAAUUAGGAAUAUGCAGUAAACUUCUAAUCAUUAGAGUGUGUUUGUUCAUCAGUUGGGAUCCCUAACUGUUAUCAAUAAUCUAAAAUGGUAGAAAGAAUGCUGAUUUUGAUAAAAUCUAUUUAUAAUGAUGUUGUUAUUGAAGUGUACCACAGAAUAAUGUGAGAUAUGUCUAUAUAUAUAUAAAUAAUUGUAUUUAUUUUGUUGGUUUUUAAGAAGAGCUUUGACAUGACUUUGGUUUCCAGAUAGUGUAUGUAGAACCUACAUGUAAGAAAAAAAUUUAGAUAAUCCUUAUUGGCUACAGAUUUCUAUAAUUCUGUGUAAUUGUUAAGAAGAAAGUAAAGAUAGUUUAAAUCUCCCCA